AUGCAUGAGCUACUGCUCUUCGCCUCGGUUCCCGCGCAUCAGCACCAUGAGCUGCUACAACAGCUGGCCGGGUUGACGGCCAUGCAACCCCGUCACCGCUUAGAGAGGCGUCUGAUCUUUAAGGCCUAUCGGAAACCAGGGCUGAUCAAUACCCGUGUGGGUGCCAGUCAAGACCUGCAAGGCAAUGAAAUGCAGCGUCUGAAUAAGAUGCUGAAUGGUGGCAUGUUCUAUACACAAGUGGUCGGACCGGUUUCCGAGGCCGACUUUGGUGCCCAAUCCUCCGCUGCAUCAUCUGGUGACCCCGAUGCGCCCAUGUCUGGAACUGAUUCUGGUGCAAAAUUGGAGUCCCGCCCCUACAGUUAUGAGAAUCAACCCUGGAAACUGGAGUUUAGAGAUAUCCCCGAGGCGGGGACUCGUUCCGCCGUUACCACCCGGCUGAUGGCCAGCGCUAGUUUGCCCAAGGGCGAUAUUACCACCCCCAUGAACGCCUGGGGUUAUAGUUUUGUCACGGAGUACGUGGUAGAGGGGGAUGUCUUGGUGUUGAAUGAUAUUGUCAUCUACCUACAUCGAGUUCUGCAUUAUCCUGCAGAGAGCUCUGAAUCACAUGAACCGCGGCGACAGUUACCUCCUUUUCAGCAGAUGUCCCCGCUGGAAAAAACCGGAAGCUAUGUCUUACAGGCCUCUAUUGCCGUCCAGGAUGGAGGUAACCAGGAGAUGAUGAAGACCGCGUCGCAGCAUUUGUUUGGACUCCGUGAGCAGCUGAAGUCGGCCGUCCGGCUGGAACAGGCGGAUCGACUUUCCUUGGACACACGAGCGAAGUAA